AUGAGGACUGCAUCCUCCUCAUGGAUUAUUAAUUGUUGCUCUAUUAAUUUUGUCAUCAUCAUUUUAUUAUCUGCAGCUUUCUACUCACUGAUCACACCCACUUUUGCUCAGCCACCAUCAUAUCCGCCUUCUACCGCAAAUCUUUCCACCUCAUGGAUCAUCAAUUAUAAUGCAGAUUCCAGAUUUAUAUUUGACUCAAAUCCGGAUUUUAAAGGAAUUUUCAACCCCAUCCUCCUUACAGAAGAAACCAUGGUAACUCGAUUCGCACUUAGCUUCUUCUGUCAGUUAGGGGAAAAUGUAAAGUGCAACUCUAAGAACCUCUUUGCCAUCUUCAUUGUUGAUGAAGAUUAUAAUAGUUACCCCCGCAAUCCUCCUCCCUUAGUUUGGUCAGCCAACCGAGACCAUCCGGUCAACAACAACGCGACACUGAAUUUCACUGCAGCUGGAGAACUGGUGCUGCGUGAUGCAAAUGGAACAAUGGUUUGGAGCACCAACACGGCUGGUAAAUCCGUGAUUGGCAUGAACUUAACUGAUGCCGGAAACCUGGUGCUGUACGAUGUCAAUCACCAAGUGGUUUGGCAAUCUUUCGAUCACCCGACCGACUGUUUGGUACCCGGACAGCCUUUGUUUCAAGGUCAAAAGCUGAUAUCUAGUGUCUCAGCAACAAAUACUCAGAAAGGUAUGUACUCUCUUCAAGUUACUGAUGAGGGUUUGUAUGCUUAUAUUGAAUUAAACCCACCUCAACCCUAUUUUCUUUAUUAUACCUUUCUUGAACAAAGAUCUAAUGAAGGAAAAAGGUAUGUCAGCUUUUUAAAUGGGAGUUUGUCUUUAUUCACUCAUUCUGCCAAGCCAAGUGAGCCUGAUCUUGUGAUUUCCAUACCUCCCGCAUCAUCGGCUCAGUAUAUGAAACUGAUGCCAGAUGGGCAUUUAAAAGUGUUUGAGUGGCAAUCACACGAUUGGAAACCAGUCUCUGAUGAUCUACUUACCACGCCCUUAGGAGAGUGUGGUUAUCCUUUGGCUUGUGGGAGAAAUACUCUUUGCUCGAAUAAGCAACAAUGUAGUUGUCCGGCAUCAAGCUCCCCUGGGAUAGAAUAUUUCCGAGCAGUACACGAUCGAGAACCUAACCUCGGGUGCUCUUUAGUUACUCCUCUCACGUGUAAUGCUACCCAACAUCAUGAUUUUAUUCCAGUCGAGAACGUCUCCUACUUCACGUUUGCCGCCAACUUGACGAAUGUGAAUGCAACGGAAUGCAAACAAGCAUGUUUGAAAAAUUGCUCGUGCAAAGCAGCUAUAUUUCGCAAUAUAAGUGCAGAUUGUUAUCUACCUUCUGACCUAUUUACAAUGGCUACUAUUACAGAUAGUUAUCCUCCAUUUCAUGACUAUAAUAUUACAGUUUUUAUAAAAGUCCAGAAUGCAAGUGCACCUUCUUUCUCAACGUUCCCUAAUCCUACAGUGUUACAAAAGAGAAAAAAUCGAGUUGCAAAAGUCCUAGGUCCUGCCAUUGGAAUUCCUCUUAUUGUGGUGGUCGGUUUUGUUGUUUUUAUUGUCCACAAGAAAAGACAAUACUCUGAAACGGAAGAAGAAGAAGAGUAUUUUCAUCAAGUAGGAGGAAUAACCACUCGGUUUUCUUAUGGGGAGUUGAAAACUGCCACUGAGAAUUUUAGUAAAAAGCUUGGUGAAGGAGGAUUCGGAACAGUUUUUGAAGGGAUUCUGGAAGAUGGCUCCAAAAUUGCAGUUAAAUGUCUUGUCGAUCAUGGGCAGGUGAACAAAUCAUUCCUAGCCGAGAUUGAGUCAAUUGGCAGCAUUCACCAUGUGAAUUUAGUGAGGCUUAGAGGAUACUCCGCUUGGAAAUCACAACGACUUCUCGUAUAUGAUUUCAUGAGUAACGGGUCAUUAGAUCAUUGGAUUUACCAUGGAGAUAUGCGGGGGCAUGUACUGGAAUGGGAGUGCAGAAAAAACAUUAUUCUUGAUAUUGCUAAAGGAUUAGCAUAUCUCCAUGAAGAGUGUAGGCAACAAAUUAUCCACCUUGAUAUUAAGCCUCAAAACAUACUACUAGACGACAACUUUAAUGCCAAGGUAUCUGAUUUUGGGUUGUCUAAGCUCGUCGACAAAAAUCAAACGACCCAAGUGAUGACUACUUUGAAAGGAACCCCCGGGUAUAUCGCUCCAGAAUGUUGGAGCAACUUAACUAUAACCGAAAAGGUGGACGUAUAUAGCUUUGGGAUUGUUGUCUUGGAGAUCUUAUGUGGGAGGAAGAUUUUCGAUCGGUCUCUGUCAGAAGAAAGCUGGCACUUACUUGGUGUUUUUCAGAAAUGCUGGGAGCAACGUACGUUGUUAGAUAUGGUUGACAAGUACGGUGAAGAUAUGCAAGCGAAUGGUGCCGAGGUGGUGGAAAUGAUGAAAAUAGCUUCAUGGUGUUUACAAACCGAGUUUACGAGAAGGCCUUCAAUGUCAUCUGUUGUUAAGGUGUUGGAAGGUGCAAUGAGUGUUGAAUUGAACUUGGAUUACAACUUCACAGAUUUUCUGAGAAUGCAGAAAAUAGCAAUUGCAGAAGAGGAAGAGCUGACACGGCUAAUGCCUUCUCUUCUUUCAGGGCCAAGGUAAGUAGCUAUGUAUGUUCAUUUUUAUGCAUCCAUUCAAUGUUUGGCUAUAUUAAUUUGUUUUGAUCAAUAAUUAUAUUGUUAAUUGACGGUGAAUGUAAAAUAUAUGUUGGCAAUGGGUAUAUGUUAU